GUUUCCUAUAGUUCAUAAGUGAUCUCUCCAACUUAGAAUUUUCACAAUUUUCCUAUAAAUGUAUCUCUCCAACUUCAUUUAGAAAAAAGGAGAGGAUCUGCAGAGAGAAGGUUGAGGGAUUUAGAGAGAAGAACUGCAAAUUAUAUAUAGGGAAUUUGACAAUGGCGGGCAAGAACGAAGCUUUGGUGUUUCUGCUGCUCUUAUUUUCAGAAAUUUUGGUGGGAUUAGCAGCAACUUCUGAGCAGUCUUUGAAGCUCGGGACCGUAAUUGGGAUUGAUCUUGGGACUAAAUAUUCAUGUGUUGGUGUGUAUCGAAAUGGUCGUGUGGAAAUUAUAGCGAAUGAUCAAGGAAACAGAAUCACCCCAUCGUGGGUUGAAUUCUCCGACACCGAGCGUUUGGUCAGAGAGGCCGCCAAAAAUCAAACGGCUCUCAAUCCGGAGCGCACCAUCUUCGGUGCUAAGCGACUCAUUGGAACAAAGAAAGUGAAAUUCCUUUCUUUUUUUUUUGGUUUAACUGUGAUUCUUUUUAGGAUUUGUUCUUUGAAUUAUAUAGAUACUGGUUUUGUUUCGUAGGUAUGAUGGUCCAGAGGUUCAGAAAGGAUAUCAAGUUGUUGCCUUGUAAGGUUGUGAACAAAGAUGGGAAGCCUUAUAUACAGGUAAAGAUUCGAGAUGGUGAGGUUAAGGUGUUUAGCCCUGAGGAAAUCAGUGCCAUGAUAUUGGGGAAGAUGAAGGAGACCGCAGAAUCCUAUUUGGGGAAGAAAAUCAAAGAUGCUGUCAUCACUGUUCCUGCUUAUUUCAAUGAUGCACAGAGGCAGGCUACUAGAGAUGCAGGCGUCAUCGCUGGGCUUAACGUGGCUCGCAUAAUUGAUGAACCAACGGCGCGCCCGGCGGCUAUUGUCUAUGGAAUGGACAGGAAAGGGGAAGAGAUGAACACUCUGGCUUAUGAUCUUGGAGGGGGUACCUUUGAUGUUUAUCUUUCUGUAGUUCAAGGAGGAAUCCUUGGUAGUGAUGCUGGGGAAGAAAUCAAGGAGAUGGUUGUGCUUGAUCGUACUCCCUUGAGCCUGGGAAUUGAAACUGCCUCUACAAAUGCAUUUCUUGUCUAUGAAGGUGAGAGAGCCUUAACAAAGGACAGUCUUGAGCUUGGGCAGUUUGACCGAUCUGGCAUACGACCUGCUCCCAGGGGAGUAUCCCAAAUAGAGGUUACAUUCGAGGUGGGCGUAAACGGCAUAUUACAUGUUAAGGCAGAGGAUAAAGCAGCCAAGAAGUCAGAAUCUCUAACAAUCACAAAAGAUAAGGGGGCUCUCAGUGAGGAAGAGAUCAUGAGGAUGCAGAAGGAAGGAGAGGAAUAUGCUCAGGAAGAUGGGUAAAUAAGGGAAAGGAUUGACUCCAGAAACAAGCUUAAAGCUUACAUUUACAACAAGCAGCAAACCAUCGAUGAAGACAAGCUUGCAGAUAAGAAUGAUGAGAAGAUGGAGAGUGCGUUGAAGGAGGCCCUCAAGUGGCUCUAUGAUAACCAGAAUGCACAAAAAGAUGAAUUUGAUGACAAGUUGAAUGAGUUGGAAGUAGUGUGUAAUCCUGUGAUAAAGCAAGUUUAUGACAAGAGCCAUGAAAGUUCUACGAAGAACCAAAUGAUGAACUGUGAAACACCUAGCAAAUGA